ACUUCUAAUCUUCGACCAUACUGUCUGGCAAGGGCCGUAAAACCCUUGCUAAUUUAUUUUUAAAAAGAAGUUUAAAAUACCGUAUAAAAAGCCGUCAGCGAAGGCCACACUGACGGGCCUUCUGUCGUAUCAUCAUCGUCAUCAUCAUCAUCAUCAUCAUCCUGGGCUAGCCUCUUGGUGUUAUUCCACGUCUUCCCACUUUUCUGUACAUCAAUGUCUGUAUUAGUUUGACUACCGCCGCUCGUUCCUACAUCACGUUCCUGACGCGUCGCACACAGGAGACCCGAGUUCGAUUCCGGAGUGGGGGAGAAUUUCUAUCCUCUACAGUUAUUACGGUCUUUCUGCUGGAAUACCAUAUCUCUCUCAGCCCGGAUUGCUCUUACAGCGGGGUCGAAGUCCGCGUCUUAAAUGACCUAAAUUGUGUCGAUGGGGAUCGUAAAAACACAACCCAACACCUACAUUAAUUUAUUCAGUGUAUUUACAACAUCACGUAUCUAAAGAAUGCUGUACUUUUGUUACGCCUACGCUCAGCUCUGUCUGUGUCAAGGGCUUUAGAAUACUUAAUAUUUUAUAACCCUCUUUGAAAUGUGUCAACAGGAGACUGCCCGGCCAUUGGCUCUGUCCGAACACGUGACAUCUAAUUCAAGUGACGUCAUCCGCUGUGGCGUCAUCCACUGUGGCGUCAUCCGCUGUUACGAUGAACGGCACGGGGGCCGGAGUGACGGAGACGGCGAAGAGGAGGCUAGCAUUCCAAAAAGCCUUCAGUCAGGAGCACGGUGGAUGGCGGAAGAAAAGUCUCAUCGCCGACGCCAAGUUCGAGACUGCAGCCAACAAAGAGUUCCAGAGACACGAGCGGCGGGUAAGCGUCACCAAAUCCGAUUCCAUCGGAGACCAGGAGGGAUUCGAUCCUGGACUCUUGCCAGACGCCUUCCCAGAUGAUUACGUCGCUUUCAACGUUCUGUUGUCGCUGAGGGAGGGAGCGGUCAGUCUGGCUAAAGUCAUUCGAUUGUUUGAGUGGCUACUGCUGCUCUGGGAUGUACUGAGUAAUGAUAUCACGCCACAAAGGCUGCGCUACUCUGGAGUACAAUACGCUGCCACCAUUGACCGUUCCUUCGAUGUGACCUAUGACCCAUAUACCCAGUCGGUCAAAGUGCUUGACCACAACUCGGCCCUAUCACAGGUGGCCUCUGGUCUGCAGACAGACGUGGACACACUGGUGCACGUAAUGAACAGAUUCAACAGGCCGGUGUAA